UCUGUCGACCCGCAGUGCCCCUCCUCGGCGCUGCUGGAAAGAGAGAACCCUUACGCAUGUAGUGGGACACCCAAGCGCCUUCAAACUCGUGACUUUUUAUUUGCCAGUCAGCGAACGCUCUCGAACGAAUUGAGCCAUUCCGCUUUUUGCCCGUGUCAACAUGAAAGGUGAUCAAGUAUAGAGCGAAGGAUGCCGCCGCAACUGAAGGAGCCGUGCGAGUCGGUGGAGCCGGCGCCGAGCAGUGAGGAGGCGCCGCUACUGCCGGCCGGUGAGCCGCCAGAGCGGCUCUCCGUGAUGGCUCGCACCGCGUACGGCGUGGGCCACGUGCUGAACGACGUGUGCGCCUCCAUGUGGUUCUCGUACACGCUGCUGUUCUUGCACGCGGUCACCGGCAUGCCCGGCGCCCAGGCCGGUGCCAUCCUCAUGCUCGGCCAGGUGGUCGACGCGCUCGCCACGCCGCUCGUUGGCAUGCUUGCCGACAGGCCACUCACUGGCUCCCUCCGCAAGUACGGACGAAGAAAAAUCUGCCACCUCAUCGGCACUGUGAUGGUGCUCGUGACCUUCCCGUUUAUCUUCAUGCCGUGCUGGAUGUGCGAGACGCCGAUCAGCGUGACGCCGCCGCCAGGGCAGCCUGUGGUGGUGGGCACGGUGCCCCCGUGGCAGGUGGAUUGGUGGCAGCAAAUUCUUUACUACACGCCCUUGGUGGCCGUCUUCCAAAUCGGCUGGGCCGCCGUGCAAAUCGCCCACUUAUCGCUCAUCCCCGACCUCACCGCCAGCGCCCACGGCCGCACAGAGCUCACAGCCAUCAGGUACAGCAUGUCGGUCUGCUCGAGCAUCGCCGUCUACUUAAUCACAUGGUCCGUGCUCAGAGUUACGAGGAACAAGGCUGGAGACCAGAUCGGACCCCAGGACGCAUACAAAUUCCAGAACAUAGUUUUGAUCGGCGUGGGACUGGGCUCGUUGUUCUCGCUGUGGUUCCACGCGGGGCUGAAGGAGCCGGCGUCGCUGCAGCAGAAACAGAGCGCAGCCAAGAGAGAUAAAGAGCAGCCUCCAUUGCUGUUCAAGUCGACGGCGGCCUUUUUCAAGGACCCGCGCCUCUACCAGGCGGCCGUGCUCUACGUCUCCAGCAGACUCUUCACCACGCUCAGCCAGGUGUUUGUGCCGCUGUAUCUGGACGAGUCACUGGGUGAGGACGCGGAAAGUCUGGCGUUGGUGCCGCUGUGCACGUUCGUUGCCAGUUUCGUCGCCUCGCUCGUCGUUAAAGGCAUGAACAAGGGCCUCGGAAGAAUGCUUGCCUACAUGAUCGGCGCAUUGCUCUGCAUGAUUGGCUGCGUUUGGAUCUACUUUGGCGAAGGACCGACCUACCAAAGCAGGGAUGUCUAUUUCGUUGCCACGCUUCUAGGUGGUGGGAGCUCGGUGACGUUGGUGACCAGCCUGUGCAUCACCGCCGACCUCAUCGGAGACAACACAGACAGCGGCGCCGCCGUCUACAGCGCAGUCACAUUCGCAGACAAACUGUUCAACGGCCUCGCGGUCAUGAUGAUCGAAAGCCUCAAGUGCCCAAACCGGUGGGAAUGUCCGCACUACUACAGGGACGCUGUGGCAUUCGUUUGCGGCGGCACCGUGCUGGUUGGGAUAUUGACCUUGGCCACUUACUGGAGACCAUCAAGACUUUGCCACCAAGGCAGCCGAGAGAACAGAAUUCCGUGAAGCCGUCCAAGUCCAGUCGGUGGGUGCCUCAAUACCUCUUUUAUCAUAUUUCUACGAAAUUUUAAAUCUUGUACAAACGAAACAUCGAAUUGUUUUUUUAACUAACGUGUAUAAAUGUAGAGAGAGAUAAAUAAAACACUAAAUGUUUAUUUCAGAAC